AGGCUAUAAAUUUAGGGUAAUCAAAUGCCUAAAACAAACAAUGCUAUCCCCCACGAAACACGUGAAAUGGCGAUGAAAUGGCAUGCGACGCGACAAACAUGAAAAUCAAUAUCAAUAUCAAUAUCAAUAUCAAUAUCAACAUCACCAUCAACAUCGCCAUCACCAUCCAAACAUCAACAAACAUCCCGAGCACAGAGUGGGAAAGAAACAUAUUUCCGAUAACUUAUCCUACACAUUGAUACCUCCACCACCAAUCAUGAGAAGUUCACGCUCUUCCCCACAAUCCGUGGGCUUCAAUUCGAAUUCAAACAUGGACAUAACGGAAGAAAUUAUUAGUCCUCAAGACGCGGCUAGCAUAGAAUUAGAUAAUGAAAUAGCUUCACUACAGGAACAAAUUGCAUCAUUAAAAGAUCAACGUCGCCUUCAAACGGCUACUAUCCUCUCUUCUCAAGCUUCGAAAUCCAUUUUGUCGAAUUUACGAAAGUCUUCCUCCAAAACGAAAUCCCCCCAGUUUACUACUCCCACAGACUCCGAUCCACUACUUGCGACUUCGGCAGCUCAAACAACCCAUAAUCUCGAGAAUCUAUAUCGCGCAUGCGCAUCAAUUACAUCCUUCCAAAUUCAAGAUCCGGACCCGAACGCUGUAGACAAUGGGCAUGUAUUGGGAAUUCGAAUUGAAGCCAGCAGUUCUGGAAAAUUUGUUCGGCCUUAUUAUGUCAUGUUAAAUAAGCCAUAUUCUGGAUCAGCAGCACUGAGAAUACAUCGGCACACAGUGCCUCCAUGUAUCCCUUUGGCUAGCCUGGCCGCGAAAUAUUUGCCUGCUCCUAAAGUCGCUGAGGGUAUCAUCAAAGAGAAACGACAAGAUUUGACUGCGUUUGUACGGAAAUUACGACGAGAGGUUACAGGUUAUCAUUUGCGUGUGGCAUCCAUCAAGCAUCUACGAAAAGGGUUCUCUUUGGAUGAGAAAUUAAGCAGCAAAGGAAAAGAAAAGGAGCGAGAGAUCGCAGAUAUCAGUGCUGCUGAUGCAGAAGCAAAGCAAGUGAGGAUUGAGUGGAUAGAUGGCAAGGUCGGUAGAUGCGUUGUAGGAAUGAAUGGGGAAGUCGUCAAAUGUGUCAUCAUCGGAGAGGAUGGGCGUGAUCGUGAGACGGAAAGAAGGGUGUUGGGCGGCGAUAAAAGAAUGGAGGGAAUCGCUGACAGAUUGAUGGAAGGUAUAUAUUAA